CUGUCGACCGAACACACCUUUUGAAGUCGGAUGAGAAGAUCCAACAGGACAGGUUAGYGAACAACAAAAUAACACACGGUACCAAAAUCACAUCACAAUGGAAAUAAUGCGGUCACCCCAUCUGAUAAUCUCUGCAAUGACGAAGAAGAAACCUGCUGAUUCACGGUAUCAGCAGCAGCGACAACGGCAAUGGCGCCCCCGUACAAGUAGUGACUAUGAGGAGAAAAGAGAGGAUAGCAGUAGAAGCCAUACUGCUGAUCGCCAGAGUACAGAGUCCUGUUCGAACGACGGUGACAAUACUCAUGUCAAUAGGAAGACCAAAAAUGCAAAGAAUGAAUGCCAUGGUAGUGUAAGCCACCGCGAUCAUCCUGAUUCAAAUGAGCGCGAAAGGUUUGAGUCCAAAGGACCAAAGAGAAACAAAGAAAAGAACACAAGAAAUCCAGCCAGUCCCUCCUCUUUUUUGGCCUCUGUUGGUGCUUGCAUGAGCGUUGGAAAAUUCAGGGAUGAACAAAACGAGGAGAUUCGGGUCGAAUAUCGUCGUUGCAAUCUUCCCAACAGUUGUUAUCGACGACAACGAGCACGAGGACAAGAGGACCAGAAGACCGAGGUUGGAGAGGUGAUGGUUGACUUUUUGAAUCCUAGUCUUUCAAUGCCCUUGUCAAAAUCCAGGACGUUAGAAACUGCAGAUACUUCAAAGGACUCGGUUCUGAUUUUGAAUACUUCCAGCAACACCAAUGCAAAAGAAAAGAUCCACUCAACUCUUUCCCGUACUGACAUGGACAGAGGUAGCAGGAGAAAGCAAAACAGCAUAACUGAAAAAGCUCAGAGCGCCUUUUCGAGCACAAGAAACCUUCUUUUCGGAACUGGCAAGAACACACGUACCGAUGGCAAAAAUUUCGACCACAAUCCAAACAAUGGGAACCAUGUCUGCAAUAAGGACGACCUUGGUGAAAAUCACAGCACAUACAAAUCAUCGGGGAAAAAGGAUGGAGCGUCGAAGACACUCUAUGAUCCGGCCUACGACGACAAUGGCAAUACAUUCGAUGACAAAAAGCAAAACGAUACGAUCACCGGAGGCGACGUUCACAAUAUCAGUAACGUCACCGUUCCUUUGCCUUCCAUAUUGCGAAACGAAAACAACAAGGGUGAUUUUGCCAAUACCGAAAUUGGCUACACCACCAUUGCUAGCGAAAACGAUAUGGGGGGUCACCGUGAAAUUCAAUAUUGGCGCCAGCGACUCAAUCAUUCUUCGCAAUACAAUGGGAAGAAACAUUCGUCUACGGCCGACGCCUUCUUGAACCUGGGGCUUGCCCAGUUGAAACUCCAGGGUAGCAGCAGCAACAACAACAUUAAUAACAUCACCGAUCCCUCGCAUCUCUACCAGAAUUCCAAUCACCAGAACGACGCGAAAAAACGACACCAGUACGAUUUGGCUGUUGAAAAUCUGACCAUUGCCCAUGAGAUUUUCGAAGGCCUGUAUGGCCCUCAUCACUUGGCCGUAGGUCGGGCUCUCGAUGCGCUGGGGCUCGCCAUCGUGCGGCGAGCGAACCAUGAGAAGGCAAGCAAUCGCACCCAGGAAAAAGGAAACAGCGGCCACCAACCAACAUCACCUAGGAACCAUAGCAAUACUACCACUGCAAUCGAGAAGGAGCUGAGCUAUGCGCAGCGCUUGCUGGAAGACGCCUUAGCGCUCCGAGCCCACCACCUGGGGGUCUGGCACGUGGAUACGGUUGAAACCUACAACAAACUAGCGGGGGUCCACCUGCACCUUGGCCAGGUUCAGGCCGCCGCCACUGCCUACCAUGAAGUCUUCUUGGUGCGGCGCGCUAUUUUUGGGGCAAAUCAUCCGAGUGUCGCAAUUUCCGCCCAUUCACUUGCAAACUGUUACUACCGGUUGGGGGACGUGCCACAAUCGUUGAAGUGGUACCAGACCUCGCUCAAUGUCUACGAAACCAUGGGGCUUCCAUACAGGCAUCCCACCGUAGCAAAACUCCUGAAGGAUCGAUCGAGGUUGGAGCAAUACAUGGAGAGUUGAGUUGGUUUGUCACCGAUGGGUACAAUUGAUACGGAUGAAACCUACAACAAACUAGCGGGGGUCCACCUACACCUAGGCCA